AAGCAAUGCCCCGUUAACACGUCGCGAGAAUACUCAUAAAACUGCACUCGAUCAAUGGUAAACCCGCGGCAUCAAUUUACAUGACCGGACCUAAUCCGUGAGAUAGUUUAUGAGUUAAAUAAUUAUCUUAUCGUCAAUAGUUCUUUUCUUAUCGUCCCUUCGAUCAAUGCUUGAGAAACCAAAAUCAAACAUAACAUGGCUGAUCCAACGAUACAAACGUUCUGUUGUCAUCAUUCGAACAGAACGGAUAUGGCGAUCGUGAUCAUGCAGGAAUUCAACACGAACGUAUACAACUCGGUGUGCAUGCUCUCGUCUAUGAUAGGUAUCCUGGGUGCAAUAUAUCAGAUACUACCAAGAGAAGCAUCUAAUCUUCCUCACCGAUGGCAAAGUUUUUCCUCUUCCAGAGGCAGAGAAAUCAUUAUAUGGCUUGCAAUUGCCGAUCUUUUAGCUUCAUUAGGUGUAUUUAUAAGAUCAGCACUCUGGAUGAAUUUCAAGUCUAUAAUGCCAAUGGAGGAUGAUACUUCCAGUGUUGUUUUCUGUGCACUUUCAUCGGCUUGGACACAGUAUUUCUACAUGGCAACAUGGAUCUGGACAUUAUGUUAUGCUGUAGACAUGAAGCUGCUACUUGGUGAUAGAUCUGGACAUCCUACUUGUUACCAUGCAUUUGCAUGGAUAUGUCCAGCAAUUCUUACCACAUUUGGUUUGACAAUUUUAUAUAUACCAGAUGCAAACUGCCACAAUUUAACAUCAUUAUCCACUGCCAUACUACGUAUUCUGCCAAACUAUUGCGCUACCUAUGUAUUAUUAGCUGUGGUUAUGAUUGUCAAUCCAGUACUGUAUUUCGCGUCGACGCGAGACCUUCAAACUGCUGUCACCUGCAGUCUUGCUCAGAUGACAGGCAGAGAAAGAAAAUUGGUGCAAACAAUAAGGUUCAAGUUCGCGUUGACGAACGUAGUGUAUUACGUGUGCUGGUUGCCAAAUUUGAUCAAUGGAAUCUUACUAUGGACUUUGUGGUUCCAACUGCCAAUUAAGGCUAUUAUUAUUCUUUGGUACAUAAUGGCUGUUACGAAUCCACUCCAAGCGUUUUUCAACGCUCUCGUGUACAAAAGAUGGGACAAAAGAGAAAAGUUUCGAUUAGAAUGCUGUCAGAAAUUGGGCAACUUCAAUAUAAGCCAAAUUGCGAAAGAGGACACGGGUAUACGGUUAACCGAAUCGUCACCAUUGUUGGAUUCUAAAUAUGGGUGUCCUCCUCAUACGAGUAUAAAUGGUUCUUCUUCGUUUUGAAAGCUGUGAUAAUCUGAAUUUCCUGACUGUCUUAUAUACAAUUUUUAGAGGGAACUAUAUUUUUGUAAUGUGCUCAGUAAUUCGCUUGCUAUAUGACCACAUUUGUCGACAGCACGGUCAAACAUUUAUGCACAGUGUCUCACGAUUUUCUAACGAGAUUGUAGUGAUAAUGUUAUACUAAUAGAAAUAAGAGAGAAAGUAUUUUGAAAUAACACAAAAGUAAUAUAGCUAAUACUAUCAUACUGCAAAGAUGACC